AUGAGAGAUGGCGAUCAAAUCGCAGGAGUGGAUGACACGGAACAAGGUUACUUAGUAGAAGAAGCCUUUGAUCAGGACUAUGAACCUGAAGAUGAAGAUGAACAUGAUUUCAACCUACAUGGACAAUUUGAUGAUAUCAAUGACUCCAAAAGAGAAGAGCUCUUGGCAGAUGCAGACAAUGAUGUCGAUGAUAUGCCAGAACUCACUGUCAGAUUCCGUGGAGAUGAUGACUAUGAAUCAGAUGACAAUUCGGGUGAUGAAGGCAAUGAAGAGGAAGAACCUAUUGGUGUGGCCAAUUUGGAUCACUAUCAAGAAAAUGUUGAUAGAGGAACCAAUGAUAUUGGGAGCCUUGUUACUAAUCUGGAGGACCUACAAGAGCCACCAGAAGAAGAGAUUGUAUUUGAGCCUGAAACGCCUCAAGUAGCCAAAGUCACUCAAUCUGGGCAAACGUAUGCGCAAGUUGCAAUGUCAGGGCUGAACCUUUCUCAAGUUCCAAAGAAACCAAGAGAAUGGCCUUCAAGCAGGAGUGGCAGUUCUGCCAAUAAGAACAAGAAUCAAGUUGCGACAAGACACAAGCAUUGA